AUGGCUGGGAAGCUGGAUGAAUUUGAUGAGGACGUUCACUCAGCCACACUGGCAACUCAACGAAUGGGUCAACCUUCUGCGUGUGACAGAAACCACGAUCUCGGGGCUCCCAAGGGCCAUUCCAUGGAAAUAACUCGCGUGGUCUUGUCUCCCGAUAAACGAUGGCUCGCCUCUGGGUCCCAAAAUUCAACAGUCAAGAUAUGGUCGGACUGGGAGGAGAAGUGGAAGCUCGAAGGCCAUAGUAGUGGUAUCAAUGAUUUGAUGUUUUCUCCAGAUGGCUACUUACUCGCUUCACUAUCCGUCGAUGGUACUCUCAUAUUGUGGAGACACGCCACUGGAGUGAAGUCGUGCACGUUUGGAGGUGUUGGCCUUCACAUUUUGUCUGCAGUAUUCUCACCGAGCAGUCAGUUGCUUAGCACAUGCUCUACCGACGGAAAUGCUCAGCCGAUAAACAAAGGCGAGGGACUUGUCAACACAUUCGUCUGUAACUGUGUAGACUGUCGCAAGAUCACAGCUUCCAUGUUCGCCAGCAACUUCGUCGUUGAAGACUCAGUCCUCGAGCACGUACGUGGGAAGGAUUUGCUCAAGACAUACAAACAGAUUGAGACAAUUGGCUCCGGACAAGCGAUGACCAACUACUUCUGCAGUAAUUGCGGCACCCUCAUGUACCGGGUUGGUGACCGUUUCCCCGGCACCAGCAUCUUGCGCAUUGGCACUGUUGACGACUUUUCGCUGCACGAAACGAAACUCAAGCCGGUUGAGGAACAUUUUACUAAGGACCGGGUCUCCUGGUUCUCGGGAGUCACGGGAGUGGAGAAGACGUUUCCGGGUCAGGGUUGA